AUGGUUUUAAGUAAUGGUGUGCGUAGGUUGCGUGAGUGUGUGUGCGCGUUCUUCGUUUUUAUUUGCUGCUGCUGUAGUUCUAACAAAAUAUCGGCGGUAUCGGAAACGCGUCUGAUCGAAGUUGGCGCCAUCAACGAGGGCAGCAAAAAAAAGCACAACAAGAUCAAGACCUCCAAAUACACGCUGCUCAUGUUCCUGCCCAAGAAUUUGAUGGAGCAGUUCCGCAGAGUCGUCAACUUCUAUUUUCUGAUCGUCACCGUCAUCGCUGUGAUUAUUGGUUACCCGGUUUCUCCUUACACGAGCAUUGCGCCUCUGUCUUUCAUGGUACUGGUGACGGCGGUUAAACAAGGCUACGAGGACUGGCUGCGGCACAAGGCUGACAACAAGGUCAACAAUCAAAUUGUUGAGACUGUUCAUAAAGGCGUGGUUAAGGAAGUCCGCAACUCCACUAUUGCGCCAGGCACGUUGGUGCGUGUGAAGCGAGGAAAAGAAGUGCCGGCCGACAUAGUGCUGUUGUGCUCGUCGGGCGAGGGCGCCAAAUGCUUUGUAACUACAGCAAACCUAGACGGCGAGACCAAUUUGAAGACUCUCCGGGUGCCACCGCCUUUGGUCGGUUAUUCACCAGAUAUUCUACCCCAAGGCAUGCGAAUAGAAGUACCGCACCCGGUGGCUGAUUUGUAUACUUUUUAUGGACGUUUGGAAAUACCAGGACAAAAUAGCCUGGCCCUUAGCACUGACAAUAUCAUGCUUAGAGGUUCCAGAGUAAAAAAUACUGAAUGGGCAAUAGGAUGCGCCGUGUAUACAGGUGAAGAAACAAAACUUGCACUUAACUCAAAGUAUUCAGGGAACAAAUUCUCCUCAUGUGAAUAUGCAGUCAACAGCUUUCUAGUGCUGUUCAUAUUUCUGCUGGUGUUAGAAAUGUCGAUAUCGAUGUUGCUCAAGAUACUUAUAGAGGGCAAGAACCCUGGGCUGGACGUAUACUUGGGACCUGGGACGAGGUACUCGGCUGUCCUUACUAGUAUUCUGCAAGACUUGUUCUCCUUCUUGCUGCUGUACUACUACAUUGUACCGAUGUCGCUGUACGUCACCAUAGAGUUAUACAAGUUUAUAGGUGCAUUAUUUAUUGGUUGGGACGAGGAGCUCCGCUGCGAGGAAACGGGAAGACCAGCAAUAGCCAACACCUCAGAUCUCAACGAGGAGUUAGGGCAAGUGGAGGUGCUGUUCUCGGACAAAACUGGCACGCUCACUAAAAACUUGAUGGUGUUUAAAGCUUGCUCUAUAAAUGGACACGUUUACGAGGAGAAAGACUCGCGACUUUACGAAACCGGAAGAUUUGACAAACCGGUGGAUACAUUUGAAACAGAUAUUAAAUUCUUCUUUACGAUCCUUGCUUUAUGUCACUCGGCGCAAAUAUCUAAUGAAGACAUGAAGAAUCUGAGCGCACGACUAUCAGGCACCGGGAAUAUGCAACUCAUGAAUUUAUUUAGAAGGAAAAAGUUGAACAGGGACAAUGAUAGCGGGAAUAUUAAUAGUCACGGAGUUUUAAGUAAUUCAAUUUUGAAUUCUUUGAUUAAUGAAAACGGAAGUAAGAUGGAUUACCAAGCCAGCAGCCCAGAUGAAAAGGCUCUUGUGGAAGCGGCAGAUAGAAUGGGCGUGACGUUUCUCGGCGAGGAAGGAAAUAAUUUCAUACUUAAAGUUGGGGAACACACUGAAAUGUAUGAACGCUUGCAACUCAUUGAGUUCACAUCGGAACGUAAACGCAUGUCCGUUAUUGUGAGAGAUAAGGACGGAAAGAUAUGGCUGUUUUGUAAAGGCGCGGAGAGUUCCGUUUUUCCAAUCUGCAAAGACACAGUGAUGGUUGAUGAAACAAAUCGAGAUAUAAACGUGUUUGCCAACAAAGGCCUAAGAACAUUAGCUGUAGCAUACAGGGAAAUAUCACUUGAAGAAUACGAAGCAGUAAUGGAAUCGGUAAAGGGCGCGGACGUGUCGAGCGCGGCGGGGCUGCAGCGCGCGACGCAGCAGUUCCGCGCGCUGGAGCGGCGCCUCACGCUGGCGGGCGCCACGGCCGUGGAGGACCGCCUGCAGGACGACGUCGCCGACACGCUGGCCGCACUGCGCCGCGCCGGCCUCCGCACCUGGGUGCUCACCGGCGACAAGGUAGAAACAGCAAUAAACGUAGCACAAUCCUGCAGCCACAUAUCAGAGAACGACAAAAGAAUGUUCCUCAUCGGCGUACAAGAUGACAUAGCGCUACAAGCGCACCUUGAAGAGUGCCAACGGACAAUACUGGAGCCAAGCUACAGGGAUCUCACAUUGAUAGUCGACGGCACAAGUAUGAGCUGUAUACUGGACUCACCAGCCGCACCUGCCUUCGUUGACAUAUCGCUAAAAUGUAACGCUGUGCUAUGUUGCCGACUGUCACCUAUACAGAAAGCUAAGAUAGUUAAAUUAAUCAAAAAUAGUCCAGAGCGCCCCAUCACAGCGGCGAUAGGCGAUGGAGCCAACGAUAUUUCUAUGAUCCAAGAGGCGCACGUUGGUUUCGGAAUAUUCGGCAAAGAGGGACAUCAAGCUGCUAGGUCAGCGGACUUUGCGUUCACGAAGUUCUCGAUGGUAAAGAAGAUGCUGCUAGUGAUGGGACAUUGGUACUACCAGCGACUCGCCACCCUCAUUCAUUAUUUCUUCUACAAGAAUCUAGUCCUCGGGAAUUUAAUGCUGUUUUUCCAAGUUCACACGGCGUUCUCGACGCAGUCGGUGUUCGACUCGAUGUACCUGACGCUGUACAAUCUGCUGUUCACGUCAGUGCCGUGCCUCGCGCUCGCCGUCACCGACCAGCGCUGGCCCGCGCGCCUGCUCAGCAAAAAUCCGACCCUGUACAGAGUGAACAGAAAGAACAAGUUGAUGUCGUGGUGGAACUUUUUGGCGUGGAUCCUGACGGCGGUGUAUCAUUCUUUGGUCAUCUACGGCUUCUCUUACAUGAUGUUCAAGACAUCUGUGAUCAGCACCGAUGCGAAGACAGUUGACCUAUGGUGUUUCGGUGCUGUUCUGUUUCACUUAAUGAUGGUGAUCGUCAGCCUGAAGCUGUGGCUUCAGGCACGCUACCACACCGUCAUGUUCGUCAUAUCCGUCGUGCUCUCCCUCUUAAGCUACAUCAUUUUUAACACAGCCUACUCAAUAGUCUACUUACAAAUCGACGGCGAUGUACUUGGUACGUACACAAGGCUUCUAACUUCGCCGGCAUUUGGAUUCCUGAACCUCCUCGUCAUAGUGGCAACACUAGCACCAGAUUAUUGCGCAAGACUCAUUUCGGAUAACAGCAGAACGAGACAUUUGAGCGCUGGUAUUGCCAGAUUACAAAGAGUAUUCUCGACUAGACUAUGA